CAGAGUGCUCCUUUACAUCAGUUGUCCCCAUCAGAGUGCUCCUUUACAUCAGUUGUCCCUAUCACAUUGCCACCUUACAUCAGGUAUUCCCGUCAGAGUGCCCCAUUAUACUCACAGUACCCCUUUCUAUCAUAUUUCCCCAUCAGAGUGCCCCUUUACAUCAUAUUCCCCAUCAGAGUGCUCCUUUCCAUCACAUGUGCCCAUCAGAGAGCCCCUUUCCACAAAUGUGCCCAUCAGAGUGCCCCUUAUCAUAGAAUGUGCCCAUCAGAGUGCCCCUUAACAUAGAAUGUGCCCAUCAGAGUGCCCCUUA